AUGCCUGCCCGUUUCCCAGACAGAACUGUUGCCACAGCCGAAGCGAAGCUGUCCUCUAACGCACCGCCCAGUUGUCAAAUACUUGUCCAAAAGGCGGGCGGGCGAGCUGUGUGGUCUCUUGGCUCUAAAUAUGUCUUAAAGGACCGGUUCUACUAUCCAUGUAGCGAGAUCGAGGCCCGCAACACGGAGUAUGCUGCACAAAUAAUCCGUAAUCCAUUUGCGAAGAUGAUCGCAUCUUGGACGGAAGGAGACCGGUACCUCACGAUCCAAGAACGCCUUGACGGCGAGCCAUUAGAAGAUGUGCAUUCGAAAUUGACUCAAGGAGAUCUGGCGCGCAUUGGACAACAGGUAGGUUUGUACGUCUUAAAGCUGAGAACCGAAAACUUCACUGAAAUGCGGAUGUUAGAUGGACGACCAGUCAUCGAUCGCCGCUUAUUCAAACCUGCCCCGGGAGUAAGCUAUGCAGUCUGUACAACCGAGAAAGAUGUCGCCAUGAACUUGUCUCUCGCGAUUGCGGGACGUAUUGAUCACUCUCUUCUCCAAGGUUUCAUGGCCAAGAUGCCACCUGCCAUGCCAUUCAAGUUCAGCCACUCUGAUCUGCACGAGGGCAACAUCAUGGUCAAAGAUGGCAACUUCGUCGGUCUUAUCGACUGGGAGCUCGCUGGCAUCUACCCCUCGUGGUGGGAGUUUGUCAAUAGCUGUGAGCUUUUGAGUGAUCAUCUCCCGGCCGAACUCCAAGACCAGAAUGCAUUGGCCUGGUUUCGUAUUUACCAUGCACUCCGAGAGCUGCCUAGUGACGAUAGGCUUACAGCCACAGUAAAUGAGUACCUUUCAAGGUAA